GUCAUCAGUCCCCAACCCUUUGCAAUCUACCGCCGCGACUGCGGCUCUCCCUUUUACCUUUACCUAGCAGGACAACCGCAUAUCCAUGGCCGCACCGUUGUACACAACGGCCUCUGGCCUUCUCUUCCAUGCGGGUAAGAUCCUGAUCCUCACUGUAGGCCUCCCUGCCCGAGGCAAGACGCACAUGUCUCGAGCCCUCGAGCGCUACCUCCGAUGGAUGGGUAUCAAGACACAGGUGGUAUCGCUGGGCGACUAUCGCCGCAAGACUCUCGGCGGCGCCCAGAAGCUCCCGCCCGACUACUUCGCUGUAGGGGAGAAAAGCCCAGAGACGAUGCGACUCAGACAGACCGUGUCGGACGGAUGCGAGCAGCUCAUCUGGGACUUCUUCAUGUCAGGCGGACAGGUCGUCAUCUACGAUGCGAACAAUGGUACGCGUAAGGCGCGUCAGAGUCUUGCAGAGAAGUUCGAUAAGGAGGGUAUACAUGUUAUCAUGCUUGAGUCAUGGUGCGAGAACAACGAAAUCGUCGAGAGCAACAUACGGAAUGUCAAGAUCUCGUCCCCAGAUUAUCGUGGUUGGGACCCGGACAAGGCAGUUGCAGACUACUACGAACGCAUUCGAAUCCGCGAGCAGGCCUACGAGACGGUUGAAGAGACUACAUGGCCGUUCAUCCGCAUCAUCAAUGUUGGCGAGAAGAUCAUGGUCAACAAAAUUCGAGGCUAUCUGCAGUCUAGAAUCGUGUUCUUCUUGAUGAACAUACACAAUCGAUUCCGCAUGAUUUAUUUCGCAAGGUCUGGCCAAUCGCUUAUUGAGCAUUCGUACAAAGCGGACUCGGACCUCUCGCCUGCCGGAUGGGAGUACUCAGAGCGCCUCAAAGAGUUUGUAACGGAGCGAAGGAACAAUGCUCUGGAGCAACGUGGAUAUAACCCAUCCGAGCGGCGGCUUGUCAUAUGGACCUCCACGCGUCGCCGUGCGCACCAUAGUGCUUGGCCGUUCCUCUCGACCAGCAAACAGGAAGCACUCUUGCCUUCCUCUCCAGGCUAUACCUCGUCUCCUCUAUCGAAUGUCACCUCUGAGCUUCCUUCGGAAUCCGGCACCGGGCCUUCUGGGACACCCUCCAGAGUUCCAGGAGAUAUUACCCAUGGUCGACCACAAAAUGCGCCAGGUGCCCCUGCCAUGGGACGGACGUUCAGCGAAACCAGCGUCGCUACCGUAUCCACCGUCGACGGGUCGAGAUCGAACGUCAAGGUCGUCGAGAAACCACAGAUGUCGGAGAUCAACCCGGGCGUGUGGGACGGACUGACGCCGGAACAGGCGCGCAAGUUCUACUCAGAGGAGUGGAAUCGAUUCGUCAAGGACCCCUACGCGUUUCGCGCGCCAAGGGCAGAAAGCUAUCACGAUCUCUGUGUCCGCUUGGAACCGGUCCUGAUCGAACUCGAGCGCGAGAAGGAAGAUCUGCUCAUCAUUGGCCACUCCUCUGUCAUCCGCUGCCUCCUCGCGUACCUCAUCGGUCUCCCCGCGAGCGAAAUCCCCGCUAUUGAAAUCGCACGCGGCGACCUGCUCGAGGUCGUCCCGACAAGCUAUGGCGUGCACACGCAGGCGUUCCACUUCUGGGACGGCCCAGGCCGCCGGGGCGACCAGCUGGAUGGCACCGAGAGUCCAUCGUUGACGGACACCAAGGGCGCAAGCGCAGACGGUGAGGCGGUGCAUUCGAGGAAGACGCGGGACGAGUCGAACUUUUAUGAGAACUGGGCGGAGGACACGCAGGGGAAGAAGACGCAUAGUAUUCAUGAGCUUGGGAUGGUGGGCCAUGGGGAGAAUCCGCGCGACUCUCUGGAGCACGUUUAGAGAUGCCAUUGGUAGAGGCAAAGAACGCUAAGCCUCGGCUUGAGAUGAACUGUAGCAUUACGUUGAGUCGCAGUUGCUGUGUAACAUUACAUUCCGUACCAUUCAUGAACGCUGAACGUGUAGCUGUUUGUAUCAAGAUUCAUGUAUCUUCUGACUAUCAAGUGAAUUUACUUCAGG